AUGAUCGCUUCUGCGCGCGCACAAGUUAUCCUGCGCACGUCUUUCGCCGGCGCGCAGGGCAAACGCCGCGACGCCCUGCGUUUGCGCGCGCCAUCCAACGGCGCCAAGUGCACCGCCUUUUUCAAUCGCUUUCGUCAAGAUUCCACCGCCGCUGGCAUCGUCGGAAGCCAAGGACGGGACGAUUACGACAAGGAUGACGUCGAACAUUACUUCAACUACAUGGGAUGCCUCGCGGUGGAGGGGACGUACGACCGAAUGAACGCCCUCAUCGAAAGCGGUUUGCAUCCGGUGGAUAUCAUCCUGUUGUUCGCGAGCGCCGAGGGCGAUACGCCAAAGAUUGAAGAAAUCUUAGCCGCGGGUGCGGAUAAGAACACGGUUGAUUUAGAUGGUAACUCCGUGGCGGAUCUCGCGGGGAAGGCGAACCCGGACAAGCGCGAUGCGGUGUUGGAGUUGUUAAAGUGA